ACGAGCUUUAUAUCGGGCGUGUAUUUCUAAUACCAAUUUAAAGCGGGCUUUCUUGUGACAAUGGAGGCUACCCCUCGUGUUUUAGGGCCAACAUCCAGGAUAAUUCCUCUUGCUUUAGCCAAAGGGACGGAAAACCUGUGUGAACUUUGUCGAAGAAGAGCGCACCUGCAAUGCACCCAGUGUCAGGUCACCUUUUACUGUGAUGCAGAGCACCACCAGGCUGACUGGGUGGGGAUCCAUGAGAGAAUCUGUCAGUUGCUUGUUCCCAUUCGCACCCCGACACUCUUUAGUCUCCAGCGGGCUGGACAAAUUGAAAUACAGCUUAAGAAGGCGGAGCUAGCGGAGAUUUGCAGGUUGGUGGCUCAGAGCAAGCUGUCUGAGGGGAAACACCAGGAGGCUCUGCCUGCCGCCCAGUUCUGCCUACAGUGUUCCAUAGACGUCCAUGGCCCCGGGUCUGUCCAAUUGGUCCCUGCCGUCCUGCUGCUGGCUGAGGCUAACAUGGGUUUGGGUCAGUUACCCCUGGUGGCGGAGCUCCUGUCCCAGGCAGAGUGGGCGGUGUUGCAGAACCCAGAAUGUGGUCCCGCAGUCCACCACCGGCUGCACAGGAGCCUGGGCCGCCUUCACACAGAGACUGGAAACCUGGAAGCAGCUCUGUUUAACUUUGCUAAUGAUAUAUACUUUGCCAGUGAGGAGUAUGGUGUGGAUAGCACAGUCACCUGCAGUGGCUACUUUCUUAUGGCUGAUGUGUUUGCCAAACAGGGGAGGAUUCCUAUUGCUCGUUCCUUGUACUCUGAGGUGGCACAUAUUUGGCACUGCCAUCUGACCAGACUCCUCAAGACCCACCUCCAAAGUAUCCAAAGUCCUGACAUCUUGUUGGAGCCCUCUUAUGACACAGCCCAGCGAGUUGAGGUGGACAAGAUGUUAAACACCAUGUUGGAGCUUGUGCAGAAUGACUCCAAAAAAGACUUGGCUCAGAUUGCACUGGUGGCCCACUGCCUAGCCAUGCUUUGGUUCCUGGGGGGUGACUCCCUAAAGGCACUGGGAUUUGGCAGCACUGCCCUGCAGGCCAGCCAGCUGAUACCAAACCAUGACCUGACAGAGCCCAUCCAGAGCCUGCUGCAGCUGGUGCAGGGUCCGCACACAGAGUCACAUCCAGGUUCUGACUAGUCACCGUACCUGCCCUGCUGAUCGCUCCGCUCUGGGAUCUCCUCCACCGGGACAUCAGGUUCAGCCCUACACUGAUUCACCCAUGUAAAUGUAGAAACCACUAAAUUGGUCACAGAUAAAACAAGUACAGAGGCUAUGAUGUCAUUUAUGGUUCAUACAGAUGUUUUGAAUUAGUGUUAUAAGUGAAUAAUGAAAAACUAUUGUGGAGUUGAUCUUGAAACGCUUGACAAAAGUAAAAGGAGGAGGAGACACAUUUUCACUGAUCUUGAAUAAUGACUCAUCUUUAUUUGAAUCUAAAAAAAAGAGGGAUAUAUAUUUACAUCAUUUUGCACAUUUGUGAAUUACAUGAUUUGGGAUCCUUUUCGUAACACUGUCAGAAUGAUACAGAACAGAAUAAAUGGUGAGGGCAUUUGCUAAAAACCUGUUUGUUUUUUUUACACAAUGUUUUUGCUUAUCUCGUACCUAUCAGUCCAGAACCUCAUCAUCAAUUCACCAUAAUAUAAUUCAAGACUUCUAAUGUCUAUAUAUCUUCAACGGAGCAUAAACAUUGCAUUUGUCUUCUGCAAAUCAAAGUAUAUUGUAAACCUUUAAGCAACCACCAGGUUCGUUUUAAAAUACAUUGACAUAAAAUGAACCCGACAAUUGCUGUGAAAUCCUACAUAUUAUAUACAAUUCUGAAACAUUUAUUCAUUAUAUCAAAACAAAGAAUCACUUUUAAAAUCAUCUCACUACUAGUGUUUCUAGUACUGAAUUAUACAACAAAAUGUUUGUUUUUUUUGGCAUUCAGAUUCAUUUUUAUGUGUCAAGAGGCAGCAAAGCAUGGAAACACUUGGGUUUCCGCAUAUUCCCUUUUUAAUUUUUGAG